CGAAUUUCAGAUGGACAUUAUUUAUUUAAGCCGACAUUUUAGCGAAAACACCUACUUAGUAGCCGGAAAAUGUAGGAUAUGUUACCAAGAAGACAACAACGUCCAAAUAACCGCCAUAAACCGCAACUUUCUGAUCCAAUUCGACCCCGAAAAGAGAAAAAUCAAGAUACGAUAAAAUUUAUUCCUCCGAUUUCUCCUUAUCAUUUAAUUGAGGAACAACUUUUCGAUGAUCCUUGGAAAUUAUUAACCGCAACGAUUUUUUUGAACAAAACCCCACUAAAAUCUUGCAAAAAUCAUUUGGAGUGGUUCUUUAACGAGAUUGAGUCGCCACAAAAAUUACUCGAAACCGAAAUAACCGUCUUGGAGAAAUUCUUCGAACCUUUAGGUUUAAAACGAACGCGAGCCACUCAAAUUUAUUAUAUGACCCACGAUUAUUUAUUUAAAAAUUGGAAAAGUGUCGAAGAAAUUUACGGAAUUGGGGAAUAUGGGAGAGAUGCUUACAACAUGUUUUGUUUGGGGAAAUUCGACGUCGAGCCGAAAGAUCGAUAUUUAAGGAUUUAUAAGAACUGGUAUUUGAAGGUUUAUCUGGGGAAUAACAACAAUGACUUGUCUUUGUCGUGAAUUGUAAAG